ACCAAAUCUUUUAAAAUCGUAUCACCGGGAGUCGUACAAGUUACGCGCAACUAUACAUUUAAACGUCCAAAGAUAAUUCAAAAAAUACGUGGUCACUUAAAAUUAAAAAGUAGUAUGAAGGAAAUAUAUUAUAUCAUGAAAUAUAUAACUUCGAUUGAUAAUUUAGCAGAAUCAGUUGAAGAUUUUGAGGGUGAUUUAAAAAUAUUCAAAGACGAUCUCGAUGAAGAUCGCAUAAAUGAAAUACUUUCAAAAGAUAAUGCAGUAAAAAAAAUUUUAUAUGGUUUUUUAAAAAGAUGUACCAAUGCUAUCAAUAAUCGGAGCUUUAUUAAAAAAAUGUUACGUGAGCGACAAUUACGUAUUCAGCAAAAAAAAGCAAAGAUCAUAAGAAGAAAAAUGAUUAGAAGGAUGGUUGUUCAGGAGCGUUGGCGUAUCCAACGUCUCAAAAACCUUGAGGAAUUGAAAAAAGAAAAAGAACGUGAACGAUCAGAUUCUACGUCAUCGAGUGAUAAUUGGAUAUUUAUAAUUUUAAAACGAAUUGUUGGUGGAUGUGGAAUGCCUAAAAGUGAAAGAUCGAGACGUGGUACACUAAUAAUUAAUAAUAAAGAUAAUUUAUGUUUACCAAGAUCAAUCGUAGUAAAAUUAUCUGAAUUAGAGACAAAUAAACUUGACGUGGCUAGAUUAAAAGCAGUUCGUGACGCUCGAUAUGAAUUACAAAAAACAUUGACUCUUUAG